AUGGCGAUGGAUGGGACGAGGCUGCGUCAGUCCUGGUACACCGCACUGGACAAUUCCCAAACACACUUCCGCCAACUACUCACCUCACACUCGUCCACCGAUUGGAAGCGCGUGCCGACUUCCAAUGACCUCAACUCGCCCACUGGGAAGGGGAAGGCUCGCGCAAACGCCCCGGAACUCUCGGACGUCAUCAUCCAUCGCCGCACUACCAAGGCUGGGGAAAACAUCUACCGUGCCGUGCUGGAAGUCCCUGUUGGCGAUGAAGGUGUUUCUUUGGACGCGUGGAAAUCGGUGCUUACGACCCCUGAACUAAGGAAGGAGUGGGAUCCUGCGGUGGAAGGGGCGCAAUUGCUAGAAAUGUUCGACCAAGCCACGCGCAUCUCCAAGGUCAACUUUUCUCUGGGGUGGCCAGCGAAUCCUAGAGAUGCUGUCACAAUAUCCCGUACAUUCAACGACGCGACCACUUUAAUCGACAUAUCUACCUCUUUGCCCCGUUCUCCUGACGAACCCACGUAUCUCCGACCCUCUCCUCCGUAUGUUCGCUCUGAUGUCGCGCUUUUUGCAUGGUGUAUACAGCGCAUCCAGCCACCCUCCACCACCGACCCUUCCGCACUUCCAAGCGCCCCCAGAAUGCGUGUUACCUGUUUUUGGCAACACAACUUCCGGAUUGUCUGGAGCUUCAACUCGAGCUCAAGUCUGGCUCAGCAACUGAGUGCGAUGACAGUCGGCCUGUUCAAGACUGUUCACAAACGUCAAUCUCGCGUUCCUCUCUUGACUGGCUACGGGAAUGGCGUUUCAAUAGAGCGCGUACGCUUUGCGAUCGACCGCGAAGCUCUGACGGUGGACUACUCGAUCGUCCCCGAGGAUGAAGACCAUUCCACGUCCAGCACGGAGUUGUCCAUGGAACAACUGCACACACAACGGGAGAUCCGACGAUUGACGCGUUCAGUUGAGUUCUCCUUGCCUUCUUUGCAUGGAUGGGACGUCCAGCUUUCGACGAAGGGUUCGUCAGAGCAAGUCUCCCAACUGCCCUGGACAACACAUAUCACCCGUGCCUCCCCCGCGGACCUUUCCUCCGCGGACCAGCCAAAGCUCACGUUUGCUGUGAAGCACGCGGAGCUACCGAACGACCACUCUGUCCUCAAAGUCCGUCUCACCAUCGAGCUUUCCGGUCCGUCCGGCGCGCUUCGCCUGAACGGCAUUCCGCAUCCGAUCGAAGAACUUGAACCACGGAAUCCCUCGUCAUUCUUCAUCUCCGAGCAGAUGUUCCAGGACGCAUCCAGUAUGGCGGAACACAGCCUACAUACGCAAGCUUCGGUUGUCACUACCGCGACGAGCCUAUCACGCGCCUCGACAAUAGCCGAGCGACCAUCGAUAGCCCGUACCCUCACGGAAAGAUCCAACGCGGCAGAGAAAUCGAUUCUUUCUCGCGUCAAGCGCAACUACAUUUACUUUUCUUCCUUGCUUCAAGAACCAGAAGCGAAGUGGAAGCAGACCAUUGAAGCCCGAGGGGUAUCUGUAUCUCAGCUGGACUCCAUCGACCCAACACUCGUGGUUUAUCGUGCAGAAGCGACCUUUGUCGGCAUCAGCCUAUGGGAUCUGUACGCAGCCAUCACAACCCCGGGCUCCCGAACGUACUGGGACAAGCAGUAUGAAGACGCGGUUUUGCUAGAGGACGUCAACGAGCUCACGGAGUUGUGGCACCAUAAGACGAAGCCCGCGUGGCCUGUCAACGGUCGAGACAUGGUGGUCCUGAAGACAGUCUACAAGUCUCCCACCACCAUCCAUGCAUUCGCUUUUUCUGCGGACGACCCAAACCUGUUUCCUCAAAUCCCUCCUGCCGACCCGAACGUCAUCCGGACUCAGGUCGACCUCCAGGGCUGGGCAAUCGAAGCGUUGUCACCGAACACCACCCUCGUCACUCUGCUCGAGCAAUCCGAUCCGAAGGGUUGGUCGAACAAGGCGUCCAUUCCUCAACAGAUGAUCACCGCUGUCGCUGGAGUCGGCGAGUUCGCCAUCAAGUGCGGCGGUCCUCCCAUGGUUACACGGUUGGAAGGCGGAAAGACUCAUCAACUCCGAUAUGACCAUGAGCGUUCCACGUUCCGAGUGGAAUACGAAGGCUGCGCCAAGCGACGCACAACAACCGAAGGUGGCGCGAACUCGCAACUCCCGGUCAUCGAAUGCGAGGUCCGCUGCGAUCUGGACACCUGGGGAUCGUCGCUGGACAUCGUCGUUGAUCCACCACCACAAAGCAUCGCCGCACUCCGUCGACAUCGCUUUUCGUCAGGAGGCGGUGGCCUUUGGCUGACGAUCACUCACGACGCCGUCUUCUCCGAACAGGAGCACCUCAGGGCAAUUGUACGACGAGGGCCGAUGAGCGCGCCGAAGGACAAGGGCCUCGUUAUGAUUAAUGGAGCGAAAGUCGAGGUUGACGUGGAAGAGAUGCCGGAGCGCGAGGCGAAGAACCUCUUGAAACAGAAACGUGUCAAGCCCGCUCGAGUCCCGCUCGACCAGCCGCCCGUUCUUGGCGUCAUACGCCGGCGUCGAGCAGAAUGGGACGCGGACAAGGACAGCCAAGCAACUGAGGCCGGGAACGGGAGCGAGCCAUCAUCUGUUCCGCCAUCCCCUUCGGCGACACCCUUUUCCCCGCAACAGACGCUCGCAAACUCGUUCUCGAAGUUCUUCACCUACGCAGUGGAGCAAGCGACUUCGACGACUCAGCAGGCCGUCGCCGCAAUCUCCCCCGCCAUGGCGCCGGGUGACGAUGCUGCCCCGUCCUCCUCUAAGCCCCCGAUGCAGUAUACCCUCGACGCUCUCGCUUUCGCCCAGGAUCUGUAUGCCGCUCCCACCGGAAAUGGAUGGACUGUCGUCAGUGAGAAGGAUUUCCCUGUGCAAAGGAAGCUCUUCCCGGAGAUCUCACCCAUCAUACCCGUCCACAAGGGUCAGAAGGUCAUUGAGGGGAUAGCCGCUGAGGAAGUCGCUUCGGUCCUUACCAGCUACGACUGUCGUAAGCAAUGGGACACGCGCUUCGACUCGGUCAACAUCCUCGAAACUUACGGAGCGGACGCCCAUACCGCCUUCGUCAUCACGAAAGGCGCCUUCCCCUUCCGCGACCGUGGAUUCUAUCUCGCUUCCCUUGUUGCCCGCGGCUCGGCCCCGACACCCGCCUCCCGACGCAACACGGUGGAUGUAGAACAGCUCUCGAGCGAAAACCAGGGUACCUCAGCGAUCUUCUGUGUCGCCGCGUCCUUCUCUCCGGACUCCGUCAGCAACUUCGCGGCCAGCAAGUACAACCCAUCCUCCCUGCCUGUCGGGCGCGUCUACCUGGACGCGUGGAUCUUAGAGACGCUUGAUCCAUACUCGGCCGAGAAUUACGCGAUUCCAUCGACACGAUGCACACGCGUCGUCGCAGUCGAUUACGCAGGUUCCAUCCCGGCUGCUGUCAAUUCGAUGAUCAACGGCAUGCUGCCGAAGUCGAUCCUAGCUGUCGAAAGCUACGUCAAGAGCCUAUCUCCUUCUCCGUUGAUCCGUCUCCCCGCGGCAGGCUUCAUACUCGCACCGUCACCCGAAGACAAGCUGAGACCUCAACGCCUCUGGACGCUUCGCCGGCGGGAUCGCACGCGCACCUUCCUCUACUCCUCGUUCCACCCCGAGCGCAAGGAGUACUCGUGCUUGUUCAUCCUCGACGGUACUGUUGCGCUUGCACCCCCUCCCGCGAAGGAGGACCCGACCCCACGACCAAGCCGGAUCGUGACGAAUACCCCCGCAUCAGUGCCUGACCCAUCCUCUUCCCCGCGCGCGGAGUCGAGCGAGAGCUCGGAGCCCAGCGUGUUGGAGAGCCGGAUCCGAGCCGCACGGUCGCGUUCACCUCGCGCGCGGGACGUCGGACGCUCGCCGGGCAUGUUCACGCAACGCGGCGAGGUACGGCUCCCAGUGGACCUGCUCGUCGCGGAGCUCAUCGUGGACUCAAAGCUGUACCCGGCGGGGUAUGACAUCCGGUUGCACGCGCGCGUCGAGCGCGGACCCGCGGGCCAGCUCGCGCUACCGCUCGUGGCGGAGGCAGGCGUGCUCCCCGUCGCGUGCGCCGCGUACACCCUCCCGCUGUCGCCGCUGCACUCGGCGGGCCUCACCGCGGACCGUCCUCCGCGCCAUCUUCUGCGCUUUUCGCUCCCGACGGCGCAGUUCCAGAUGACGACGAUUCUGGAUCCGCUCACGGGCGAGACGCGAAGCGCACCGCCGAAGCCGCAGUGGCUUCUUGACCUUGAAGAGGGCCGCGCGAUCGUCGACGUGAGCGUGCGCCCACCACUCGCGUCGUCCGUGAAGACCUCGAAGCUCAAGGUUACCCUCAACGGCUCAUUGGUGACAGUGAUGAGCGAGAAGGAGUCCCUCACUGCGAUUGGGCGCGACGAACUGCUCGAUAUGCGCGCGGCGAAGAUGGGCAUGCUCGCACGGUCGGUCUCCGCGGAGGAACAGGUGCCGUCUGGGCUGCAAGCGCCCCUCGCGGUCUCACAGCAACUUCUGGUCGCGCCUGCGGCCGCGUCUGCGCCUUCGGCCGCACCAGAAGCACAAGAGAAGGACGGUGCGUCAGACGCGGCGAGCGCGAAGGAGGAUGCGUCGGAGCAGGUUGCACCGGUCGCGGCUCCCAUCGAUGGGCUCCCGGUCGAGAGCGCGGCGAGUGGACUCAUGCGGUUCUUGAACGGAUACACACAGCAUCCGCUGCUCAGGUUCAGCCCCGGGAGCCGCUCGAGCGCGCUCCUGAGCCCGAUCGUGUCCGGGCUCGAGGUCGCCACUCGGACGCAGACAAGCGCGUCUGCGAACGGAGUCACGACAUCGGAACCGAGCGCGGACGAGGCGCAGGGCGGGCUGCUCUCGCGCCCGCUACAGCUGCCGCCGCUCGCGCAAGGCCAGUAUACGCUGUCGACGGUGAUCGUCGUCGCGCUGAUUGCGUUCCUGGUGGGCUCGCUCCUGCGUUCGCUGCUCUCGCCCGCGGACUUCAUCUACGUCGUCGCGGACGCAAAGGAAAUCGGGCCGGACGGGACCGGGUGGCGGGAGAUUAAGCGGCUGCUGGAGGUGAAAUGGCUCGUCGGUGGAUGGGAUUUCCAGGUUGCGGUGGUGCGGAGGCACCUAUAG